AUGCCGGCCCUCCGCAAGUCUCUCCGGGAGUCGCGCGACUUUAAAUCGCAACAAAGGUCCAGCACCACGCCCUUCGCCUCACCUACCGGCACUCCAAGCGAGCACACCAACGAGAAGAAGCAACGAUCAAUCACCGAAUGGACUGAACCCCAACCGCAAACUCUCGCCCCAUCGUUCGAAGAGCACGGUUUUGCGCGGCACGGCGUCUUGGAGAAUAUGGCCCCCCUCGGUGUGCCUCCAAAGGCAAAGGACAAACAGCGCGCGCGCGCUCUCGACGGGCCGCCCACUGCUCGGCAUUCGCUACUGGGGAAGAGCGCGGUUUUUGCAGGUGACGAGGUUGGGUCUACGCCAGAAGUCACUCCAGCUCCUGAGCUCGAGCCGGACGACUCGGAGCGGCAAGAGGAGGACGAGAUGCCGGUUGGCUUUCCCAUGCUUGAAGACGACGAGGACGACGACUACGAGCCCAAGACGAAGGCGAAGAAGAAGGUGAAGGUGUCAAAAACUCCUGUCAGGGGCAAAACCCCAGUGCAGAGUAAGACAUCUGUCAAUGGCAAGACGCCCGUCAAGAACGGCCACACCAAAAGCACCUCUGUUUCCGCUAGUCCAGCAGUUCAAGCUGUUUCCAUGUCAGAGCCCGUUGAAGCUGCGACUCAGCGUAUCCAGAUUGCUGUCAAUGAUGCUAUCUCCAAAGCCAACAGUCACACUGGCAAGCGCUACGUGGGCAUUGCCUUGCGGCGCGCCUACGAGCAGAGCAAGACAGACUCCGCUUUGGCAGACGCUAUUGAAUCAGUAAUUCAUGGAAAGAGCACCAGUGAACAGCUCUACCGAUUUCGCAAAUUCAUCAAGCAGUUCAAGCAGGAGGAAAAGACGAGGUUGGGCUUGAGCAAAGACAGGCGCUUUGAUCAACAAGCUGCGAUGAAUCACGAUGCCUCGUUCUUCAGUCAGCAGCCAUCUCCAAGGGCCAGUAGUGAGAUCGUUCCUGAUGACUCUGUUUCGGCUGUCAACGACUACCAGGAUAGACAGUUCAUGAACUCUACAAAUUCGGCUACAAACUUCUCGCACAAAGCACUGCAAUCAGCUCUUGAUCAAAAUUCAGGCCAAGCACCGCCUCAUCCGUUUAGUACCGCACCCGCUCUUCCAGCGACUGCUGACACCUCAGCUGAGUCAACGCCGAGGAUGCAGUCCAAGUCGCCCCGAAAACGAACCGCUACCAAUGGAAGUCUGGCGCCGGAUUCUGCGAUGGAACUGGAUGGAGGAAUUUCUACUACAGCACCAACUCCAGCCGCAAGGACGCCGGACACUGGGGCGAGCGAUUCUGAGCUAUCAGAUGUCAAUGAAGAGAUUGUCCAGAAAGGCCCUCCAGAGCCUGUGCAGGUCAAUGGAAAAUCUACUGCACCUGCGCCAGUUGUAGCUCCAAAGAAAGGAAAGAAUCCUGCGGCUGCACGUGCUGCUAAAAAGAUGAAAGGCAAUGCUGGGAGGCUAUUCGGGAAGCAUGCCCACAAGCUACAGCCACCGACCGCGGAGCAGCAAGCGGAAGAUGAGCGACUCAAUGAAAUGCGAAAGGCUAUGGUCGAUGAGCAGCCUAUCCGGAAACUUGAGCAAAUUCCUCCUCCCAUCUCCGAUGUCCGCUUCGAUGAUGAGAUUCUUGAGACAGAGUCUCUGACUGAGUCUCAAAUCGCGGUGGGACCUCCUGUUGAUUCUGAUCAACCGCGACGCGCUGGGCGGAUUCCAAACCAUGGUACUAAGCGUAUACGAGAGGAUCCGUCACGGUUCUCAUCACCUCAGUUCGAACCGGCUGUGUCGUCGCGCCCUUCAACGCCUGCGAUGGGACCGGCACCUAAGCGGGUCAAGCUCACUAACGGACAGGGCGCGAGGACGAAACGAUCGCCGGUCAAAAACCGAGAUGCAGGACCUAUUGCUGGUGUAGCCUUUACUGGUGGUGGCGGUUCGAGACAGCUGGGGCCUGAUGACAACGACCCGAACUCGCCGCAGUCAGAGAGCGACGACUUUUGCUCUGCGUGUAGAGGUGCAGGCGAGUUUGUAUGCUGCGAAAACUGUCCACGCGUUUUUCAUCUUCUCUGUUGCGAUCCGCCACGAACUCAGGUUCCAGAUGGAGCGUUCUACUGCUACGAGUGCAACGCAAAGUCUGCUGCACCCGACGAUUCCGCGGACUCGUAUCCCAGUCUGGGUCCGCUCUUCAACAAACUCGAGCGUACCAACCCUCGCGCGUUUGCUCUGCCUUCAGACAUCCAAAAUAACUUCGAGGGCGUUUCUGCACGUCCCGAUGGCUCGUACUCUGAGGAGGUCAAGAAGUUUCCGCUGGCGAAGAACAGUGGCUAUGGCUACCAGAGACCUGAAUACACCAAGCUCAUUGAUGCUGAUCACAAAGUUAUCUUAUGCACGCAGUGCGGAGUGUCGAGUGGUAACAAGCGCCAAAUGCUGAAGUGUGACUUUUGCCACGCGUACUGGCACUUGGACUGCGUCGACCCACCUCUCGCUAACCCGCCACACAUCAGUCUUGAAGCAUCUCAGCGGGACGCCUGGAGAUGUCCUCGACAUAUCGAACAUGACCUUCGCAGUGGUCUCCUGCUGCAGAACGAUUUGAGUUCUAAAGAUGGGGAUUCUGAGAUGGCCGAUGCCGCGCCGGUAGCUCGGGUGCCACGUAGAGUCCGAGUGCGCAAGCAACCCGAAUACGUUGAGUCAACAUUCUCACGUGGUAUGCGCAACAACGGCUUGAUUGAUAUCACAAAUGAUCCUGACGAUGACACUGAUGGCGAAGGCAAUUAUGUAUUCGGCGACAAUGAAUCCAAGGAUGUCAACUCCAAGAUCUUCCGUGUCCCCGAGAAGGGACUCAUCCUUGACUUCGUCAGCAAGGUCAAGAGCGGCCGUGUAGGGAAGAAGGUUGAAGCUCGACACGCUGCAGACACUGCAUCACGGCGCAGAGCGUCGAUGCAAAAUUUCAUCGCGUAUCCAUUCCCACAGCAGCAAGCAGCCCUGGCUCUGGCACAGUUGGCAAACAAGACGCCAGAAACGAAUCUGGGUGAGGGCAAAGUCCAUGCGCUCAUCCUCGGUCUCACUUCCGAAGCUCCCCCGGCUGUCUCCUCAGCCAUGUCCAACGCAGAUCCGCUGCCGCCCUCAGCAGACGAACGCGCGCAUUUGGAGAUGCUGCAGAAGCUCAUUCAGCAACGACUUGGAGCUUGA